AUGUCGCUGUUGUGCCAAAGUUCCAUAUGUGAUCGGAACAUCACCUUCUCCGGGGAAGAUUUUUGUUUAAAAGAAAUCAGAGCUAUCAUUAACUGGGAUCUUUUCACCACGCUAGCCAGCUUUUGGGAAAAUUUGGCAAUGGAGAACAUCGACGAGGAACACGAUCGGCUCGUUGAACAUCUUCACGACUGCACGAAGAAUGCUAAGAGCUCUAAAAUUACCAAAAGACGUCUGUCUCGAGCUGAUACGUCAGCGUGGAGCUGCACGAGCAGCAAGAAACCAGGAACUCACGUUCGAGCUCACAAGGCUUCGCAAGGAGGCGAUAAAAAAAGAACUCAAAGAGUGAAGUGCAAAAGUGUUGGCUGA